AUGGCAAAGGAGAUCGCACGAAUCACCCUCGCGACUAGGUCCCAACUGCCGGCAGCAGCAAAUCAGGUCGACGAGGACAGCUGCAACAGUGCCAACAACAGCAUAUUGGUGCAGCGUGAGGUGGCCAAGAUUAAUCGCAAACUCGACGACUGGAUGAAGUCUCUCCGUUCUCUCCAGCCUGGUGUGGUGGAUGAGGAGAUGAGUCGGGAAUGGCAUGAAAUAGCUCGCAUGGUGCGUCAAGAGAUUGGUCAGGUCAAUAUGGCUCAGGAUCUGGAAUGGGCCAGUGAACUCCGGGCCGCCGGCAAGGACUUGGAGACACGUCUUCAGGCUGUCAUAGAUCGCAUUAAAUUGGCCGAUUUCAGUUCGAAUAUAGAACGACUAGCCCAUUACCAGAAUGAGCAAAGGAGUCAUCUUGACAAUCAGGAGGCGCAACUUUACAAGAUGGGGAAUGUGACCCAUGAAGGAAUGGCUGAAAUCAAGAAGGUUCAGGUAAGUUGUCGCCGGUUGCUUGUCUUGCAUUUUGGCUACCCUAAGGUGGGCCUUUUAGUCUAACAUUGUUAUGAAAAUCUUACUUCAGGCCAGCCUGGGCCUAAUCUUUCAGAGGUUAAGGCAGUGCUAUAUCACCGCCGGGAGGAAGGGAUUCAAAUGAUGCAGCUCAUUGACCGACGGAAAAGCAUGUCUGAUUUGGGUUUAAAUAAAGCGGUUGACCUUCCCAACAUAUGUGGGACGUGCCACCGAACUUGGCUAAAUGAAGGCUGCUAGUUCGAUCUCAACCUGAACCUUAAACUGUGCACGCAUUUAGAGCAUAAAAUAUGAUCUACUCAAACGAAAUAAGUAGUAACUAUUAUUUAUAUAGCGCUGCUUUUAGACAAACCAGGGGUCCUCAGACUUGUUUCUCCAGGUCACGUUUUCAACAUGAAAAUACAACUGCGCCAUACCGCGUCAUAGGGCACUAAGCUGACCGCAGGCAAGAACCACGUGUUUGCGUUAGCACUUCGUGCAACAGUGUGUAAUGAAUAAAAAUACUCUUGAGGAGU